AAAAUUCCUAGUACUAAAUGUGAGGUUGCUGAUAAUACCAUGUUGGCAAGCUACUAAACUUGUAACAGCUUCUAAGGGUAAGCUCAUGAGUAACUCCUUAUAUAUAUUAUGCAAUUAAUCAUUUAAGCAGUGCAAUGACACUAGUGAUAAUGGAGGGCUAUCCUAUUCUAGUUGAUCCAGGACCAGAAAGUCCUGCAUGUUUUGCUGUUCUUCUUCUCCCCUGCACCGAGCAAGGAAGCCCAGCCACCGACGCACCUCCCCUUGAGAAACGGUGAGAAAAACUUGAUUUCUUUUGCCUUUCUUUUCUUGUUCAAGAACAAGAUUUAAGCUUGGAAAUCUUCCCCCCCUUUGCAUAAUUCCGGAUCUGCUCUACUUUGUUUCUCCCGUCCGUCUGCUGCUCUUGGUGUGGUUGUGAUUUUUCCGACUUUUGAUCCCCUGAAUUUGCCCCUUCACUUCCCGUCGAUCUUCCCCAAUCUGCAGCCCCGGUUUGUUUGCUGAAAAUUCCUGGAAGCGAAGUCAAGGACGGGGAAAAACAAAGGGAGUGAUGAGUUAGAAGGCUAGCCAUAUUAUAAAUUGAACAUAGAUUUUAGAUAUAAAUCAUGAUCUUGUAAGUUAGACUUUAUUUGAAGAUUUUAUGAUAUUAGAGCAAAUUUUAAAAUUUUAUCUUUAGAUUUUGUGGUAUCAGAUUGUGGUAUGAUAAAGUUUCGAGCCUUGU